AUGCCAUUUCACUCACUGUUAGCCACUCCUCCAAAACGUAUCCGGCGUUUCUGUGAGUUACGCCCGGUGAACAAACAAAGUAAACACAGCCAAAAAUAUGAGACGAAUUUAGACAAGGAGCUGUUACAACACGUGAAGGAGGCUAGAUUGUAUCAAGAUGUAGAUGUAGCAUCUAGGAAGGGACCGAGAGAGGGGCAAACUCCUUCACCAUCGCUACCUUACAGUAAAGAUUUCGGAACGUUUGAUCUUACACUUUGUCUGGCCACGGAUGGUCGUUGUGUGGUACUCGUAGAAUAUGAGCAGAGGAUAUUUGUCAACGGACGGCAGAUCUACAUUCAAGAUGAUGGCCAGGUUUGGGAUCGUCUUGGAAAGAAGAAUGCAACUUUCCAGGGAUACUAUGACUGUGCCAUCAAGGCCAAGAAACAUCUACGGCGAGGCAUCGGUGCAAGAAAUACCAAUAAAAGUCCAAUGAAGAAUAAGAAUGGAUGUUACGACAACAGCGCAAGGUCCCCGGUUGGAGGCAAGUCAGUUGUUAAACAUACACAACCAGAACUGCUUGAACAACAUUGUGGGAUUACGUUUGAAUCUGAACUGACUGAACUUGAAGCUGCAUUUGGUCGAAUCAUCGCCCGUCUAUGCAAAAUUAUCCUGGACGUCAUUGGUUACGAGACAACAUUAGCCAAUGAAAACACUGACCAAGAGAGUAGUCAUAAAACUGACCGGUUGCAGACUACCCUCGAUCGACUCUCUGAUCAAUUUCAGUCAGUCGUUGAGUUGAGCGCCAGUCUGCAAGCACAGUACGAAUCUGCAGAGUCUAUACAAAACAUGUGGACAUCUGGAGAUGGCCUGAUGGAAGUGAACCAGGGACCGCUUGGAUCAGAGAAAGAUGACCCAUCGGAAUCCAGUCCUAACUCUCGACGGAUUCAGGACAGUAAAAUCGUUAAUAAACCCCAUGAAUUAUGGGUUGAAAACCAAAAGUUAAGACGGGAAGUCCAUACCCUUGAGCUUGACCUUAAUCAGCUGGAGCACCUUCAUAAGCAAGUUGAAAAGCAGUUCUACGAGGUGGAGAGUGCCCGAGUAGACGCCCAGAACCAACUUGCGUCAACAUCUGCCGAGAAUGCGGCUCUGAAGAAGCAAGUCUCUCGUCUAGCGAGUGGUAAAACAGUGACGGAGGGAAGUUCAUCCGAGGGCAGUGGAACCAAUUUGCUGAGUCGGUUUGCAAAGAGGCUGUCUGGAUCGGCAAAGCUCACCUCGCCAAUAAAAGCAACUAAUCCUUCCAGUGUCGAAUCAUCAAAUGAAGAUAUUGAUAAUGUAGAAGAAUGCAGUGAACAUGUCACUGCCAGGAGAGAUGGAAAUGGUGAACUGGGUGAGCUUAAGACUCUCGAUAGACAUCAAAACCUCCGCUCGGAGAUGAAGCGUCUGCGAAAGGUCUACGAAAACAUGGAAGAUGAAGUGGAAAAAUAUGGGGAAGAGAACAGGUCAAUGCGCAUGCGUCUUCAUAAAAUGGAGAGGGAGAGGGAUGACCUACGGGGAAAACUUCGAGCAGCAGACAGCAUUUUGGAAGAUAGGAACGGAGAAAUAGAGCAACUAGAUUGUACAAACUGUCAUCUUAAUACAAGGUGCACAGGUCUCUCUUCUGAGAAAACAACACUGGAACUUGAACUCAGCAGAGUCAACUCAGUUUGUGCAGAAACUGGUAGCCGCUUGAGGACAGUUGAGAGGGAAUUGAAGGAAUUUGAGAAGAUCAAUAAGGAGGCAGAGAUAGAGAAACGGCAGUGCAGAGACAAACUCGACCUACUGAAUCAAGCACAUCUAGAUGAAUGUAGUAAAUCAUCGAAACUUCUGAAGGAGAAAUCAACCGUUGAGGGACACCUCAGUAGAUUAAGACGAGAGGAGGGCGCACUUGCCGCAGAAUUGGACAAGCUCCGAGUGGAGAAUGAUGGCAAUGCUAAGGGACGACUCCGGGCAGAGAAUGAAAAUGAACGGAUUACACAAGAGCUUAGGGAUGCUAAGAAAAACCAGGCCGAGUUGACAGACGAUUUGAACCAUCUCCGCAGGAGUCUCAUCAAGUCAGAGACGGCUUCGAAGUCACUGGACGCAGAGAGCGCUAAAUUGAGAGAGAAAUCCAACAGACUGAACGGCGAGGCUGAAGAGUUGAGAGUGCGAUCUGAAGAGUUGUAUCUAGGCAAUAGAAUGCUUGAGGAAGAGAACAGCUGCAUGAAGGAGAUGAAUCGAAAACUUCAGUACGAGAACUCAGAGAUGCAGGAAACGGUGUCAUCUCUGACUGAUGUCAACACCGGCAUCCGAGCAAAGAUGAGGCAAUGGAACCGAGACAAUGUCUCCAUGGAAAACAAGAUGAAGAAACUUAUCAAUGCCAAGGCUGCACUACACGGGGUGAUCAAACAGCUUAACACCGUCAACUCGGAUAUUGAGAACCGCUUUGAGAAGAUGGACAGUGAGUACGCAGACUUAGAAGUGCGGCUUGGUGGAAAGAAUCCUAACGUUGGUGACGAUCGCGGUACCUUCGAAGACGACUUUCAGAGGGAGUAUAAUAAGCUAAAGAAACAGCUCCAGAACGACGACAGAAAAAUGACGAAGGAAGAGAGGGAUGAAUGCCCAGGAGGGGCAAUAGGUGAGGCAAGGAGGAAACCUGCCUCUGAUGCUGUCGCCAAUUUGAAGAGUGAUUUUGCAGAGCUCGAGAGGGAAUUUCUGCGUGGUGGACGGGAUAAAAUACAGAAAGACAGACCUAGCUCUUCCAAUAUGAACGAUAUAACUUUUGUGUCAGCAUGUAGUGAUUUUGACUCUGGGGAGCUUGGACUAUGGUGGGAUGAUACCGGGGAGUUAAACAGCUCUUUGGUCUUAGGGGCAGAGCAAGACAAGUUGCAAAGAACGAGACAAUCAUCUGAUUGA